GCCGCUAUCCGCAUAACGUUAACGUACUAAAACACUUCGAUCGUUGUUCAUGCCUGUGAAUCUUUCGAACGAUUAGAUUGGUGUUGGUAGAACGAAAUAUCGAAAACUAUCUAUAAGUGUGCUGUUUAUGAAUUGAAAUUCGGUUGUUUUUGAGGCAGUUUUUUGUGUUAAUUGUAUUGCAAUGGCUGUUCCCAGUAGGAUAUUUAAAAUAUUGGACUGUGCUCGAUUUGGACAGUUUGUCCGCUUCAAUAGUUACGAUUCCACGAGGUGGAAUCUUAAACUAAACGCCAAUAGCAAAGUAAUCUGUCAAGGAUUCACAGGCAAGCAGGGUACUUUCCACAGCAAGCAAGCCAUUGAAUAUGGAACGAAGGUCGUUGGAGGAGUUUCCCCAGGCAAAGGGGGCAAAACCCAUCUGGAUCUGCCCGUUUUUAAUACAGUUAAAGAGGCUCGUAAUGCUACAGGGGCUGACGCGACCGUCAUUUAUGUACCCCCGCCCGGGGCAGCGGCUGCCAUCAAUGAAGCGAUUGAUGCAGAAGUACCGCUCAUUGUAUGCAUUACGGAGGGUAUUCCACAACAUGACAUGGUGCGGGUGAAGCAUAAACUUCUAAGGCAAGGCAAAUCUCGGCUCAUUGGGCCGAAUUGCCCGGGAAUUAUUGCUCCAGAACAAUGCAAAAUCGGGAUUAUGCCUGGGCAUAUCCAUCAAAAAGGAAUUGUGGGGGUUGUAUCUAGAUCUGGAACUCUAACGUAUGAAGCUGUUCAUCAAACAACUCAAGUUGGUUUGGGGCAGACUUUGUGCGUUGGUAUUGGAGGUGACCCCUUCAAUGGAACGGAUUUCAUUGAUUGCCUGGAAGUGUUCUUAAAAGAUCCCGAAACCAAAGGUAUUAUUCUGAUUGGGGAAAUUGGCGGUGUGGCUGAAGAGCAGGCCGCCGACUAUUUGAACAAACAUAACUCAGGUCCUAAUGCGAAGCCAGUGGUGUCGUUUAUUGCUGGAAUAUCCGCACCUCCAGGACGUAGAAUGGGGCACGCAGGAGCCAUCAUUUCCGGCGGAAAAGGUGGAGCUCAAGACAAAAUCAACGCUUUGGAGAAAGCUGGUGUUAUAGUUACAAGGUCACCAGCACAAAUGGGCACCGAGUUGUUGAAAGAAAUGCGCCGCUUAAGCUUGGUCUAGAACUGCCCACGAUUUAUUUAUUGUUACUUCUAUGUAAAUAAGAAAAACAUGUUAUAAGUUCCCAUACUCAAAAUUAUUCCCAUUUUACCGACUUCAAUGUUGUAGUGCUUUAGAACGCGCUCUUUAUGCGAUAAUGCCAUUUAUCUCAUUGUUUGUUGUACCUAUUGAGAAGUGGUAUUGUGUAACAACAUUUUAUGAUGUAAUAAUUGGAAACAUCUUAAAAGCCAUUUUAGAUUGUCUUUGAGUGUGCCGUAAUAAGAAAACUGCACGAACAAAAUAUGGCGCUGAUGGUGAAUUGCAUAUGUAUCCUUCAAACAUACAAAGAAAUAACCCUUGUAUUUAGUCCCUAAAGAAUUUCGAAUAAAUAAUUCCAGUUAUGAUGUAAUUAUUAAACAUUUCUGAACCAAAA